UUAAAUUGUUAAAAUUGUAAUUGUUUUUGCUGGGUUGGUGUAGUGCUGAACCACGCUGUGGAAAGGGCUACUGCGCAUUGGGUCGGGGCUAGUUCGCAGAGAAAUCGGCCGAGAGGAGGUUUGAAAUCCCGAUUUCGAAGCCACGCCCCGAGUGGUGGUGGCAGGAUGCUGGUGGAGGCAGGGAAGGACUCAGUAGGAGCAUCCUAUUUUUAGAGAGCGCCGUGGAAUGAGAGGGCAGACUGAGGGUCGGGGCGACGGGGGACCACUAGAUGGGCUGAGAGUUGGCGAAACGGAAGUGGCACUCGCUGUAGUUUGAGAUUCCGUGCGGGAAGUCCGUGUGUGGUGGGUUGUGGUUGAACCCGGUGCCGAGGGGCGGUUCGGUGUGCGGUUCAGUAAGUUCAUGCAUUGUUUUGCUCCUCAUUGUAAGCCUCCUCAAAAGGGCCGGCGAAGGUGCAUCGUUAAAUUGGUGGUAUACAGAGAUACAGAGCCAGGUGAGGUUGGAGAGCAGGCGAUUCUGCCAAGUGCCGUGACCUUUGUCUUUUUGACGUGGUAGGUUUCGGUGUCUCCUUCGUCCGACAGCUCGGAAUUUAUUGGUAGCGGAUAGUCAUAAUCCACAUCCAGAGUAGAUUGGGUGGAGUUUCGCUCGAGCAGGUGUCGUGCUUGAGUCGAUCUGUGGUAUUGUUGGGCGCUGCUCUCGUAAUUGUUCGUAGACUGCCGUGAAAUAGCCAGCUGAUUAGGCAUUCCAGGCGGUAAAGGGGCGUUGAGCAGAGCAUUCACCUGAAACGAACUCGCAUUCAACGUUAGAUGCGACCUGAAUUUGCUUUGCAAGAGUAGAACCUAAUCCUUCCUGUGCAGCUAUCUGCAUUGCCAAGCACAAACUCGAGCUGAUUUGCAUUGUUGACUCUUACUGCUCCUUAUCGGGCUCUCGCAUUUGCCAAGUGUAGGGGAAUUUGUGGGGUCAUCUUAUCAAAUCUUCGUUUGUUUCGGACCACACCCCACCCCCCUUGUUUUUCUUUAUCGGAAUAUAGUGUUCCAAGGCGGUCAAGCUGGCAGCCCUGGAACAUAUCGAGAUGAGCAGGCGCUGCUCGCACUGCGGCCUGAAUGGCCAUAACAGCCGGACAUGUCCCGACCGCGGGGUGAGGCUGUUUGGCGUGCGGCUGACGGACGGUAUUAGCAGCAUGAACAUGCGGAAGAGCGUGAGUAUGAAUAAUCUGAGCCACUACACGAGCACGCACAACUCCCCGUCACCAUCUGAGCACUCAGAGUCUGGAGCGGCUCCCGACGGGUAUGUGUCGGAUGGCCUGGUGCAGACGUCGAACAAUGCUCGAGAGCGCAAGAAAGGAGUACCGUGGACAGAAGACGAGCAUCGCUUGUUCUUGCUGGGAUUGCAAAAGCUCGGAAAAGGUGACUGGAGAGGUAUCUCGAGGAAUUUCGUGACAACCAGGACGCCCACACAGGUUGCUAGUCACGCCCAGAAGUACUUCAUCCGACAAAGCAACAUGAACAAGCGGAAGAGGCGAUCGAGCCUCUUCGACAUCGUAUCGACGUCGGGCGUUCCUUCGAUUGCGGAAGAGUCGACAUGCAUGGGAGACGAGGAGCAGACGAACCCACUGCACCAGUUGAGCUUGGGGCAGAACCGCAUGUACCCGUCGGGGGUGUUGUACGAGCCAAGUUCGGUGGCGGGAUACGGAGUAUCGGUGGGAGGAUUCGCGGUGCCGAAGCACAUGAGUCCUCCGAUGGCGUUACCGUUGAUGUCGGUGGGAAACGCGAUGGGAAUGGGCGCGGAUGGGGUGACGGAGGUGGUGGGGAUGGGGUACAAGGUGGAGCAUUUGGCGAGGAGUGGAAUGGAGGGGGCGGGGAUGAGCUACGGCAUGGAGAGGAGUGGAAUGGAGAGAGGGGGUGCGGGCGUGGCGGUAGCAGCAGGGGCGGGUCUGUCGCUGGGAGGGUCAGCGGGAGCAGGAAGGAUCCCGUACUCGUUCACGUCGUCGGGUGGAGGAGGGGUGGGUUCGGUGUCGACGGCGCAGGCGCCGGGUCAGGGGCAGGCACAGCAGGGAUCGAGCAGCAGAGGAGGGGGGUCAUACGGAGCGAACCCGGCGAUCGUGAGACCGACGGCGAAGGUGGGCGGUGCGAGCAGCGCAGCGACGAAGAUGGAGGAGGAUGGUCGGGACAUAGCGCAGCUGAGGCUGGGGCUGUCACCGCCGGAGCCAUCUCAGUUGACGGCAAAGCUGUUGGAGGCGCCGUCGAGGCAUUCAUCAGCGUUCCACGUGAACACGUCGUUCGAUGGGAGCAGCAUACAACAAGGAGUGAACGCGAUCAGCGUGGUGUGAAGCGGCAGAGAUGGUAAAGGGGUAGGUGCGGUGUAGGAGGAGGAGGGGAAAGCGGGAGAGGUGAAGGCGGGGGUUGGGGGCAGGAAGAAGAAGUAGGAGUGGGAUUCGAGGAGGGUGUAGACUAAUUCUUUUGUUGUAAAUAGCUACAUUGGAUUGUGCGCCAAAGGCUAGAAAGAGCAGAGCGGAGCAGAGAUGGUGUAAAUUAGAGAGGAAAGGAGGGAGAGGGACGCGGGCGAUGAACGUGGAGAUGGUUGGAGAUGAGAUGAGAAGAGAAGAGAAGAGAAGAGAGGAGAGAAGAGGGUGGGGUGGAGACGGGGAUUACCCGUGAACCCGAAGGGCGGUGAAGUAUGUGUCCGGUGGUGGAGAGUAUACAAGUGUGAACGUUUUCCAAGUUGCUUUGGAGAAUUACGUCGAACUGGCUUUUUCUAGCAGUUUGCGAUUUUUUUUGUUUGUUUCUA